CACACCCUGGAAGAUUUACCUGAGGAAAGAGGUGUUCUACCCUAAAGACAACUUCAACACUCCUCUGUUGCUGGAGCUGCUGUUCAGACAGGUAGUCCACGACACCUUCUCAGAGGCCUGCAUCCGCAUCACUCAGGAGGAGAGGACCAAGAUGAAGGCUCUAUUUGUGGAGCACCAGGUGGGUCAGGAUGGAGCCACACAGGAUGAGAGUGUGAAGAAGAAGAUUGUGACGAUGGCCAGAGACUCCUGGGAAAUAUAUUUCUCACGACUCUUCCCUGCCUCGGGCAGUGUGGGUACUGGGGUGCAGGUGGUCUCUGUGUCUCAUCGAGGCAUCAAGCUGCUGAAGAUGGUGAGAAGCAGCGCUGUUGUCCCAGACUACUUCAGAGUGCUACACCCUUACAGUUACGCGGACAUCCUGUUUGUGUCCAUUCCAUCUAAGAACAUGUUGGAGUUUAACCUGACCAAUGAGAAGCUGAUUCUGUUCUCCGCCAAGGCUCCACAGGUUAAACACAUGGUGGACUACUUUAUCACAGAACUGAAGAAGGACUCUGAGUAUGUGGUGGCAGUGAGGAACUACAUCACAGAGGACAGAACACUGCUCAGCUUCCACAAGGGAGACAUCAUCAGAUUACACAGCGCGGAGGGGCUGGAGGAGGGCUGGCGGUACGGGGCGGUGUACGGACGGUGGGGUGUGUUUCCAGGUGAGUGUGUUCAGCCGGUGGCCGCUCCAGACUUCCUGAUUCUCCCUGCUGAGAGGGCGGAGCCUCGUGACAGACACGGCCGUGUUGCCGCCUCCGCUGCAAUCGCCGUGGCGAUGGGCUCUACUGUUGCUGCCCAUGAACUGGACCUCAACACAGAGGCUGUGGUAGGGUAUGGUGAGGACAGCAGCAGUCUCCAUCUAGAGGGACUCCCUCUACAGGCCAGUCAGUACACCAUGGAAGAGUUCUCCAGGAAGUACUACAGACGGGCUCAGAGACACAGGGACCAGCUGAAGACCAGGAAGGGGAAGGAGUCCAGAGAACCAGCUGACAUGGUUACAUACUCUAAGUCCCCUCUCCAGGAGUCUCUGAUAGACUUCACAGACAGCAACAUGAACAAGGUGGCAGCUGACAUCUCCCUGGCUGUGAUGAAGUUCAUGGGAGACUACCCUCUGAAGGGACAGACAGAACAGGACCUGGUCUCAACGAUCCUAAAGUCCUGGGAUGAUCCACCCUACGCCGCCGACCAUGGCCGAAUAGUCCUACCCAAACCCCACUGA